AUGCGUUACCUUGAUAUGAGGGAUAAACUCAUGAAGAAAACUCUAGGGAAACAGAUAUUGAACAAUGGCGAGCCUUAUUAGGUUAUUCCCAAUCUAGAAAAAGAGAAAGCACUUAAAGCUCUUAACUGGGACAAGGAGAGAAAGAGUUUCGACAUAAAUUACAGAUUUUAGAAAUUCUACGAUUAAUUUCAAACUCAUUUCUAUCCAGAUUGCUAAAUGGAUGAGGAAAAAUCUUUGAAACUUGAGGAGCACAUUAAGACUCUAGAUAAAAUGUCCAAGCAAAUCAAGGAAGAGGAAUUUCAAUUUAAUUUGAAUAAAAAAUAUAUGAUGUCCUAACUCUCGUAAAUACAAAUUGACAUGGAUCAGAGAUAACCAAUCGGUUCAAUUGCAGCCAAAAUUGAUGUGAAGGAUCACACAAAAAACAAUUUAAAUGAUGUGGAGUAUCACUAUGGUGCUUUUGAUACUCUUCAUAGACAGAGAAAUCAAAGUUUACAGAAUUUAAAAUCUGAAAAGAUAACCUAGUUAUUUGAAAAGAAAGUUGAUAAGAAAUAGGAAUCCAAAGAAUAUUACAACUAGCUAAGUAAAGAUGCAAAACUAAACUACCAAUUCCACUUAAGAAUUAGAUUUCAAAAUUAAAGGUAACUUUAUGAAGUUUCAUAAAUUGAAGCACCUUUGAGAUUGAUUGAUCCUGAGGACUAUGAUAAUGUAAAACUUAACCUAACUAUGAGACUUAUCCCAUUAAAAGGGUAGUUAAUAAAUGAGAGUCAAACUCAAAGCUAAUGUCCACAAUAUUUCAAGGAAAAUGUAGUUUUAAACAAAGAGGGAUUUGUUUUUUUCCCCGAUAAGGGAACUUGUACAGUAAACCUUAGAAAUGAUGCUUUCUAAGGCAUUGUAAACUCAAUGGAUGACCUUAUUGGAAAUUACAUGCUGAUGAUUAAGUUGGAACAUCAAAGUGAAUAAAAAAUCCUAAUGAUAAGACUCAUUGUAUUCCAAGAUUUUGAUUAAGGAAUGUAUCCAAUUAUUACCAAUGUCACAUUCAAGAAGCAAAUAUCUGAAAAAGACAAAAAGUAGCUUGAAUAAAUUUAUUAAAGAUUAUGUGUUGAUAAGAUAAGCUUCCCUGAAGUUGUCAAAAGACACUAAAAAUUUAUAAACGAUUAUUAUCCUUUAAGCAAGAUUUAUGACUUUUUCAAAAAAGCAUCAAUAGCAAUUGAAUUCGGUGACAAAAUUUUGUAGAUCUAUUCUAUGUAUAACUUUAUUGACUUGUCAAAUGGCCUUUAAAGAGGGUUUUAAGCUUAGUAAGAAGAUGAAAAAACAGAAGCAGAAUAAAGGAAAACAUAUAUUUAAGUAUCUUAAUACUUUGAAAAAAGAGCAUUCUUUAGCUAGAGACAAGAACCUCAAAAUCCUACUGGGAAAAAAAUUCUUUUCUUAAUUGAUGGAAAUAAAAUAUCAAACCCUUAUCACGGAAAAAGGCUUAGUUUAGAUCAAAAUUAAAAAGAAUCAGCUGCAAAAAUAGCAAUAGAAACAACAUAAUCUACCUCAACUAAUUAUAUGUGGGAUUAGAAUAAUUAUGACUAGUAUCAUAACUAUAUAGAAGGGAAAAAUUUGGCAUCAAAUUUUAAUUUAUCCAUUCCUACCGUCUAAAGUUUACCUAAUGACGGACCUGCAUCUACUAAUAUUAUGAAUGAAAACUAAGGUGAAAAUUAGAUUAAUACUUAGCAAUCUCAAAUUUCUUAGCAAGAUAAUGGACGAAUGAAGCAAGCAAUUACAAACGAGAAUCAAAUCUAAUAAAAUAGUUAAGGUUUCUCACAUUAAAUGAAAAAUUAAAUGUACAGUUCAAAAAGGACAAUCUUCUUAAAAGAAACAAUUGGACCAACACCAAGCGUUAAAAAUUGGAAAACUGAUAACUUUGAUAAUCAAGGAGGAAACAUGCUUAUAAAAGACGAUUACCCAUUGGUUUCCCCCAUGAAAUAAUCAAAUUACUAUAACUAGGGCUUAAAUUAAAAAAUAAAUCAUCAGAGAUAGAUCUCAACUUAAAGUAUUAUGAGCGUCAAUUCUAAAAGAUCAAGUGGAAGAAUAAGUUCUUGUUUCACAAUCUUGGAUUCAAAGAUUCCAAAUAUAAAUCUACAGGGACAAGGAGUUCUAUAACAAUCUGUGAAUCUUUCCCCAACCCACUAAAUGACCAAGGAUUACAAAGACACAGAUCUACCUAAGUCUUAGUCUAACAAAAUAGCUUCAGGAUAAUAUAGUUUGAAGGCGAAUGCAAGCUUGCCCAAACUCAAAAUCUAUUAACCAUUGCUCCAGAUAAAUUAAUAAAAGCAACAAUUGUGA